AUGCAUGUUGCUCAAGCUCUCGCUCUCCUCCUGCUCUGCUCUACCCUCCUCGUCAUCGCCAUCGUCCUCGUCCUCCUCGUCACCUUCCCUUCUGUUUGUACCAUUCAGCUCCACUCCCCUACUUCACACGGACCCUCUCAAGUCGCUGCUCAGCCCCCAUGCAGCAAUGUCCAGGAGCUUGUCCUCGAUGUCCAGCUGGCUAUCCAGCAGCACCAGGCAGCAUGGCUUCUCAUGGCUUGUCACGCAGAGCGAGCGCGCUCUCGCUGCUCGUCCGACGUCGAGCACUUGCCGUGCCAGGCAGAUGCUGCGGCUCUGAAGAAGACGAUGGACAGCAAAGUGGAAGUGGACGUUCAU